AUGCUUGAUGCUCUCAAUGGUACUGCUACAACAUCCGAUUCGAAUCCUUUGAGCAUAGAUGCAAUCAGGAAGAAAGAUCCUUCUUUGUCAUGGAGAGUAGAGGACGAAGUUGAGAGUUCUGAGGAUCAAAUGGUUAAUAACUUCGGUCAUGGGACAUGGACAAGAGAAGGAGGUCAAGUGUUGAACGAUACACCAGAGAAGUUGUAUCAAAGGAGGAUGAGACAGGAGAGAAGAGAGAAACGUGCAAGAGAUCUAAUGAACAAAGAUAAUCUCCAAGCCCUUGAGAAGGCAGCCAUCCAACGUUCCAAGUCCAUCGACUCCGUAGCACCAGGAAACUACAGCAUCUGGAGAAACGAGUAUCACAAGAGCAAGAGCUUUGAAGAUCUGUUGCAUCUCAUGCAAGACCAAAUCAUCAUGGUGCGAGUUUACAGUAGCCUUGCUAAAAUGACUAACAACCUCGCCUUGCACAAAGAGCUAGAAGCAAAGCUAGCAUUGAUGGAGGAAGAACAAGAGGAAUCAAUUAAUAUUAAUCAACAACAAAGAGUUCUUGAUACCAUCAGAGACAUGGGACAGCUUUUAGCUAGAGAAAGGGAGCAGCUAUAUGAUUGCAACCUGGUGACAAACAAGCUGAGAGCAAUGCUACAAACAGCUGAAGAAGAACUCGUCUCCACACAAACUCAUACUACUUUCUUGAACCAGCUAGCUUCCAAAUCAAUCCCACACGCUAUCCACUGCUUGACCAUGACCUUAAAUCUAGAGUACUCUCUCCUCCCUGCACCAAUGAGACACUUCCCACGAAUGGAGAACUUGGAGAAUCCAGAUCUCUAUCACUACGCUCUCUUCUCUGAUAAUGUUUUGGCUGCAUCGGUUGUUGUCAACUCCACAGUCACCAACGCAGACGAUCCUUCCCUCCACGUGUUCCACAUCGUGACUGAUAAACUCAACUUCGGAGCCAUGAGCAUGUGGUUCCUCCUAAACCCUCCUAAAGAAGCAACGGUCCAAGUCCAACGGUUCGAAGAUUUCUCUUGGCUCAACUCGUCUUACUCACCAGUACUUAAACAGCUCGAGUCAGAGGCCAUGAAGGAGUUUUACUUCAAGACGGAGAGGUCAGAGUCUGCUGAGUCAGGAGCCGAGAGUCUCAAGUACCGUUACCCUAAGUACCUAUCCAUGUUAAACCACCUGAGAUUCUACAUCCCCAAGAUCUUCCCAAAGCUGGAGAAGGUUCUCUUUCUCGACGAUGACGUGGUUGUUCAGAAGGAUUUAACUCCCCUUUGGUCGGUUAAUCUCAAAGGGAAAGUCAACGGCGCGGUGGAGACGUGCGGCGCAAGUUUCCAUCGCUUGAAGAGUUACUUAAACUUCAGUGAUCGCCACGUGUCGGAGAGGUUUGAUCCGGAGUAUUGCGGGUGGGCUUAUGGGAUGAACGUGUUUGAUCUUGGGGAGUGGAGGAAGCAUAACAUCACAGAAACUUACCACUUUUGGCAGAACCUGAAUGAGAACAGGACGCUGUGGAAGCUUGGGACGUUGCCGCCGGGGCUGAUGACGUUUUAUAAUCUGACGGUACCGCUUCAGAAGAAAUGGCACUUGCUUGGAUUGGGGUAUAACAGAGAGAUCGAUGUGAAGAAGAUUGAGAGGUCAGCGGUUAUACAUUUUAAUGGACAUUCGAAGCCGUGGACGGAGCUGGGGAUAAGCAAGUAUCAGGCGUAUUGGACGAAGUACGCUAGUUUGGAGCAUCCUUACAUCUCUAGCUGCAGGCUGUUGGAGUGAUGAAGAAGAGGAGAGGAUCUCGUUAGGUGUACGUAAAUAAAGAAGAUGAUCUCUGAGAGUAUAAAAAAUGUAUAUAGGAUGAAUACUUCAGAGAGAUCCAUACUUCAUCAUCAAGAUUAUAGUUCACGGAGUGAUAUAUGAAAGGAGAAGGCAUUUGUAUUCGUGGCCUUGAACAAUGACAAAUUUACAAAGGGUCACAUGCACACACAAAUAACAAGAAAAGGAGCAGGGAAAAACUUGUACCUUAGCGUGAUAACUGUUAUAAAGGAGUAUAUUGACGUGUUGAAGAAGGACGACAAGAAGUGAAUUUUAUUUUGCUCUCACACAGCCUCUCUGCCUUAAUCUUCAAAAUAAAAGCUACUUGAAUACUAUGUAUUCAUGUACAACUUGUUCUCAUAUUCUGAACCUAUAUCUUAGUGCUGAUUUGACUUCAACAUAAAAGAAAAAGAAUCGGUCACUUCUUCUUUCGGUCCUUGAGUUGUCUCUCUAGAGUUCUGAUUCUCUGAUUCAGAACUGAACUCCGUGAGAUUGUUCUAUCUGGAACACUAGAAGAUGACUCUGAGGAGGACAUACGAGGUUCUUCAUGACCAACACUUUGGUCUUUUGACUGCGGAAAGGAAAAUGGCAUAGGCGAAGGUGGUGAUGGCUGCCCUGUAGAGGAAGAGAUGACUAACAUCAGGGAGAUUCAAGAGCUUACUCACAUCAGGACG